AUGGACAACAGGACGGCACUUGUCAUUGUGGACGUACAAGAUGGCAUCGCAAAUGUCAACGACGGCGUUCCUGAUGCUGAUCGAGUAAAGCAAGCCAUCAACUCUGUUCUGCAUCUUGCCCGCCAGCACAACAAACAUGGUCCUCUCAACGAAGAUCCAAAACACAAGAUUGAGAUUCUCUUUGUUCAGCACGACGACAACGACCCGAGCGAUCCUUUACAUCGAGGAAAACCGACUUGGGAACUUGUUUUCCCACCCCGACAGGGUAUCGAAACCGAAAGGCUGAUUUCCAAAAACGUUGGCGAUAUGUUCAUUUCAAACCCCAAUCUAGCGAACUCGCUUCGCAUGCAAGGCAUCACGAACCUUGUCUUUGUCGGACUGCAGACUGAUUUCUGCGUACGAGCUUCGAUCCUUGGAGCCAUUGCAUCUGGUUUCGAGGCUUCGAACAUCAAGCUGCUGCAAGGGACUCAUUCCACGUACGACAAUAUAGUGACUGGGAAAUCAUAUGUGCAGAUCAAGGAAGAUGUGGAAAAACAGAUGGCAAACAUUGGAGUAUGUUUGCGGGACUGGAAGGAAUUCGAUUUCGAGAGAGAUUUGUCUCUUUGA